GUCAUUCUAUUGUUGAGCACAAUUGUUCACAGUAGCUAAUCCAGACGUUUGCUUUGUCGUUGCAUUCUGUUAAAAAGGAACUGGGAUGUUUUGAUCUCAUUACAAAUGAUAUCCUUUGAAUAGGAUCCAUCAUGUCUGACAAACCAGAUUUUGCAGAAAUCGAAACAUUUGACAAAACCAAACUGAAAAAAACUGAAACCAGAGAAAAAAAUCCACUGCCCACCAAGGAAACCAUUGAACAAGAAAAGAAAAGCAAAAACACACCCUGAAGUUGGACCAGAAGAUAUGGCCAAUAUAUCCUGCUGUGUGGUUUUAAGUUCUAAGUUUUUUAACUUUGCUAUUCAUUGACUUGGCUCAGCUUUUCUUCUUCGUUCUCAAAGCACUUUUUUUUUCUUUAUUGGUGCCGCAGAGAUUUUUUUCAAGCAAAUGCUCUGAAAUCAAUCAAAUCUGAUUUUUAUAAUUCCCCAAAGGGACUGCAAUCCUGUGUCCAAUGUACAUAUGACACUUUGUCAAAGAUGUACACUUUUGCUGUCUGUCAAUAGAAAAUAUUAUUUUCAUAUAGUAUCCUCUGUAGAACCUCACAAUAAACCACUUUUAUGUGUUACCCUUA